CCAGCCGGGCUGCAGACAGGCCCCAGCUGAUCAGGUCAUCAGUCAUUGCCACACGUUUGAGGGAGAAGGGCAAGGUCAUCGAUGUGGUGCUUUGGGGUUUAAGAGCCGCCGACUCUCUCGGCGAACGGAAACCAUUUUUUUGACCACACAGGCAUGCUUAUAUGGCUUCUUGCUCCUCCUCCUUUCUCCUGUCCUCAGGCUCGGCGUUCUUUCUCUACCCUUCCUGGACCCGUGACGGCUUCCCUCCUCUUCCUUCGUCUCUCCUCUCCCCCUGGGGCUCCGGUGGUGACCCUGUUACAGUCUCGCCUUUCCUCCGUCUCCGCGGCCGCUCGACCCUAUGGAGACCGGCAGACCGGCUAUCCCAUCACCGUCUGUGCCAUGGCGCGACCGGUUCGGGUUCUGGCCCUCGAGAGCCUCCUUUUAGAAAGGAUCCGACCUACUUCGCCGGGGAUGAUGAUUUCCUUUUCAACCACGACAAAGAAGUGCUGCGUGUCAUCGUCUGCAAGCAACACUUUCAAGGAUCCAGGAUAAGGUUCCAGAUGUGCCUUGAUUUUGAAUCAGAUGUUAUUCUCCCAUGCACAUUUAUUGGAUGUAGUGAUUUUGAUCUCUUCUUUUAUACAUGCUUCUGUACUCAAUCAUCACAUGUAUAGACUUGUUCUCCCAUGCAUGUGCAUGGGCAUACGCAUCUCUCUUCCUUCCUCUCAUGAUACCAUGCAGUGGGCAACCGCUGAAGGUGGUUGAGACUUGAGAUUGAUGCUAGGCAGUUGGGAGAUAUGAACAUUCUGCGGGUCAGCAUUCAUUGAUUUCAUCUGCUUCUACAUUUUAUUGUUCGUCUGUCUCCUUGUCAUCCAUAUGAAUGACAAGAUUGCUUAUUUCAUGAUUGGUUAUUCUUGUAUGUGCAUCCAGUCUGCUUUUACAGGCCUGGUGUCCGGCGUUGUUUUCCUGCUUGCAAUUGAUGCUUGCAAGUUGAAAUCUGUAUUCUCUACUUGUAUAAUGAGAUUGGUAAAUCUUAGUAGUAAACUACUACUAAUGUCUGUUAAAAGAGUGUGGAGGCAUCAAAUAUUCUGUAUCUGAUCGUGUUUUAGCACGAAGUAAAAACCGAAUCCAAGGAGUUCAUCUUAA